AUGCGCACAAGACGAAGAUUUUUUAGAGAAUUUAAUAAAACAGCUCCGACAUACAAGACGUGGUUUAACAUUUUCAAAAAUAAUGGAUCAGUAGCCCGAAAAAAACGAAAUAUCGGCAAUGAUAAUCUUUUACAUGAUACCAUUGGUGUAUACGAGUUUGUUACUAGAUAUCCCAAGUCAUCUAUCAGAAAAAUAGCGUCACAUUUUAAUAUGAGUAGAUCCAAAGUUCAUAGACACAAUUGUAGAAUUUGGAGUGAAGAGAAUCCACAUGAAUUUUAUGAAAGUGUAAGAGACUCUCCUAAAAUUGAAGCUGAUUUCAAAUAUAUGUACCCAGGCAAAGAGCUACAGCUAUUGAGCAACUGGCACUUAUUUUUCGAAAAACUGUUGGUGUUCAAAAGAAGAGAAAUAAAUAAUUCAAGAAAUCCAAUUUUUCAAGAUCUAAUAAGCUCUCUAGAACAAGUAGAUUUAACAGAAGGACUUAUGCAUCCAAGAAAUACAUUCAGUUUUGAACAAUUGCAAGCUAUGGAUCCAGGUGACGUAUUCGACAUUAUUGAUGGAAUUGGUGAUGAUCAGGCCAUUAAUUCUGACUUGUGGGGAGACUCAGAGGCCGAGGAUAAUAUCAUGAAUACUUCUUUACCAAGCCAGUGA